GCACGUAGCUUUCUAUCGCUACUGUUUGGGUCAAUAAAAACUACAUUUCCCAGUCGUUACUGAAAAAAACAUUGAGUGUCGGUGCUCAUCCUUGAGCCGUGUCGAGAUUGGCUUUCUGCUACAUAUUGCAGAUAGACACCGGGCUAAUUAUAAUAUUUUUAUUUUUACUGGCGAUGUGAACGUGAUGUUGUGAGGACUCUGUAUGUCAUCCUUGCUGGGACUCAGCAUGGCGCCGGAGGAGGACAUAUACAGCCUGGAGGCGAAAUUUGCUGCAGCAGUUAAAGUGAUCCGGAGUUUACCUGAAGAAGGUCCUUUCCAACCGUCUGAUGAUAUGAUGCUAAUGUUCUACAGUUACUACAAACAGGCCACGUUAGGGCCCUGCAACAUUCCCAGACCAACAGGCUUCUGGGACUCACGUGGGAAAGCUAAAUGGGAUGCAUGGAGCUCUUUAGGAAAUAUGACAAGGGAGGAAGCCAUGAAGAAUUACAUUGAGGACAUCCAACUGAUUUUAGAGACCAUCCCCAUUUCAGAUGAAGUGUCCGACCUGGUGCAGAAACUUGGAAGCUUCUACACCGAAGUCGAAGAAGACGCCGAAGAGAAUGAGACAGAAACGAGACCCUUUACCAGACCUUUUACCAAACGGGAAGAUGAGCUGGAAAAGCCAUUUGAGAAACCAACAAUGGAAGGCAAGCUAUGGGAUCUAUGGGAUGAUAUACAAAACCCUCAAGAAACAGACAAAGAAAUGAGUGAUCUUUGUGUAAGUGUGGGUAGUGAAGAGAGUAAAGAAAGUAAUGAAUUCGAGAAAAGUGAGGAAGAGGACAAUGGUGAAGGAGGAUACAAUACAGAAGAUGAAGACGAGGAGGAGGAAACAGGCUGGAGUCCAGAUCCGAGGCGGCUGAUGGUGGAGGACAACAGGUGGACGGACACCAGGGGGUCCAACAGCAGCGUGGAGCCCAGUGGGUCGUCCUUCACCAACGGGACGCACAGCUCCCUCAACAGCGAGGUGGAAGAAGAGGAGCUGGGCUGUUCAUUAGAGCCCAGUGUGCAAUAUAACCCAUACCUACACCUAAACGGGCACCUGACUCCUACUGUUGCUGUUCCUGAGAAGAACUACAGAUCCACAGACUCAGAUAAUGAGGAAUUUUGUGAUUCAAUGGAGCAUCUGGCCAUGGAAGAGGUCUUAUCCACUUCAAAAGUCCAGUCACGUGGAUCUGGAGCUGCCUCCAUGAGGCAAAAUGAGCUGUGGUUCGAGAGCAACUCUACUCUGAACGGUGAAGAGGAUCAGCUCCUUGUGGAAGAUUCACUUUAUGAAGAUGGGAUUUCUACAUCCCAGUACAACAACACUUUAUCCAGAAGAGGGAGAGGGCCUCCGUCUCCCAGGCUGGUCUGCAGCUCACAGCUCUGUGUCAAUGUUGACGCUGCCUGUUGCUGUGUGUCGCAGAGCAGACAUGCUCUCAGUGUUUCCAGGGGAAACGUCAACGAGCAAAUAGCUACAGCCCUGCUGAGGCUUCAGCGUGACAUGGCCAGUGUACUGCACAGACUGCAAACUCUAGAGGUGCUCACACAGUCACGAUCAUCCUCUCCAAGGCAAGAAGAUCACCUGCCUGCUGCUCGAAAGUUCCCUAGACCGUCUUGGUGGCCUUUUGACUUCUCUCCACUCACAGUGGUGAUGACUGCACUCUGGCCUCUGUUUGCCCAUUGGCUCUUCCAUUUUUACUUACAGCGGAAGAGAAGGAAAAUCACCUGAAUUAACUCAGAAACUGGAUGUAAUUUAAAAUCCUGGUGAAAGAGUUGCACUUUCGUUUGACUUUUUCAAGCCAAUGCCACAGACAGGCUGUAAUGGCGCACUAGUAAAAUAUGGAAAGGCUGACCUGGAUAAAUACUGAAAGUGGUCAGAAAAGAGUUGAAAAGGAGCCUCAGCAGUAGAGUGUAGCACCUUGUGUGUUUUACAUACGAAAUAUUCCUGUUAUUAACACAGGCACAUUUGCUUGGUUAUAAUGAACUUAGAAUUAAGUGUUGGUCUCAUCACAAACCAUAAUGUUACACAAGAGUCUACAUUUAAUUUAUGAUCUUACAGUUUCUAAGGAUCUUUAAUGUUAAGAUGUUCUCCAUUUCCCAACAACUAUUCAUUUAUUGUUGGUACGUCGAGGUGUUCAUUUUAUAUUAAAUAACCUGUCAAAGUUCCUGUCGAUAAAACUUCUUGCCAUUCCUGUCUCUCCUUCUUUCUGCUUUUCUCGUGGAUCCUAUGAUAAAAGAGUAAUUACUUAAAACUAUUAAAACAAACCCUACAUAUUUACUGUCUGAAAUGUUUCAAGGGCAUAUGUUUUUAGACCAAAAAACAUGUAAGUUGACAUGUGGUUAUUUAUGUGUGUGUAUAUUUACUGUAUUUUAUAGCUUAAGUGCAAUGGUAUCAAAGAUACCACAUUACAUUUUGCAAAAAUAGAAAUCAAAUUGAUAUAUUUAAGCAGGGUUGUAUUGAUUACAAAUAUACUAUAGCUGUGAAGCAUUAGUUAAUGAAGCAAAUUUGUGUUUAUCAUGCAAUAAAAAAGAUCCUGAGAUGAA